CGCAGAGCAGCGGGUUUGGAUCGGAUUUGUGGAUUAGAGGCUCGGCCAGCGUCAGUGGCAGAUGUCUUCUGCUUUAACGCUUCAUCUGGAUCUUAAUCUGACUCCAACGAACAGUUUCUAACGUCGUUUAUCGUUUGAUGUCACUGCGCUGCGGAACAACUGCGAUCAGAGGCGGAGGACGAGCAGCGAGAGGAGACUCAGCGACACGGUUGCCUUGACAACGAACUCACCUGUCCGUCCUGCUGUCAUGUCAUCGGGGGAGUGGAGCGGUGAUGGGGGGAAGUGGCUGGACGCCCACUACGACCCGGUGGCGGGCCUCUACACCUUCUCGUCCUGCGUGGACCUGGCCGACCUGAGCGGCGACGGGGAGAGCCGGCUGGUGGUGGGCGACCUGGGCUCCGGCUGCUCCGGGAUGAAGCUCAAGGUGUACCGCGGCACGGCGCUCAUGAGCGAGAGCACGCUGCUGGACCUGCCCGCCGGCCUCGUCGCCUUCUUCAUGGACCUGCACGAGCCCCGGAUCCCCGCCGUCGCCGUGGCAUCCGGACCCUGCAUCUACGUCUACAAGAACCUGCGGCCGUACUUCAAGUUCACACUGCCCGGUCUGGAGGUGAACACGCUGGAGCAGGACGUGUGGCAGCAGGUGAGGGAGGGGCAGAUCGACCCGCUGACGCUGAAGGAGAUGUUGGAGAGCAUCAGGAAGAAGGCCGACGUGCCGCUGUCGGUGCGCUCGCUCAGGUUCCUGUCGCUGGACGCCGACGACAUGGACGACUUCGUCCAGCUGCACAAGCUGCAGCCAAUCAGGCGGCAGACGGUCAUCACCUGCAUCGGGACGCUGAAGAAGAGCACAGCGGACGAAGACGGCGUCAGCUGUCUGGUGAUCGGGACGGAGAGCAGCGACGUCUUCAUCCUCGACCCCGAAGCCUUCAUCAUCCUCUCCAAGAUGUCGCUGCCGGCUGCUCCCACCGCGAUGGACGUCACGGGUCAGUUCGAUGUGGAGUUCCGCAUCACGGUGGCAUGUCGCAACGGCAACAUCUACAUCCUGCGAAGGGAGUCGGACAAACCAAAGUAUUGCAUCGAGCUGUCGUCUCACCCCGUCGGUCUGGUGAGACUCGGGAAGAACGUGGUGGUCGGCUGCACCGACGAGAGUCUGCAGGGCUUCACCCAGAAGGGUAAGAAGUUGUGGAGAACCGUCCUCGCCGCUCCCAUCACCACCAUGGCCGCCAUGGACCUCCCCACCAGGGGCUUCCAGGCGGUGCUGGUGGGCCUGGCGAACUGCGAGGUGCAGCUGUUCCGGGACAAGAACCUGCUGAGCACCAUCAAGACGCCCGAUGUGGUCACCAGCAUCUGCUUCGGCCGGUACGGGCGCGAGGACGGGACGCUCAUCAUGACCACCAAGGGAGGCGGCCUGAUGGUGAAGAUCCUGAAGAGGACGGCGGCGUUCGAUGACAGGGACAGCGCCCCUGGCCCGCCGCCGGCCCAGAGCAUCCGGCUCAACGUCCCCAAGAAGACGAAGCUAUAUGUGGACCAGACGCUGAGGGAGCGUGAGAACGGCCUGGUCAUGCACCGCGCCUUCCAGAUGGACCUGAGCCGCCUGCGGCUGGCCGCCGCCAAGGCCUACGUCAAGGCGCUGGAGUCCAGCCUGACGCCGAUGUCCUCCAGCCUCACCGAGCCGCUCAAGAUGAACGCUGUGGUCCAGGGCCUCGGCCCGUCCUUCAAGCUGACCCUGAACGUCCAGAACACGGCGGCCUGCCGGCCCGUCAUGAACCUGGCCAUCAGCUUCCUGUAUGACGAGAGCCUGUACCGGAUGAGGAGCCCCUACCUGAGGAUCCCCCUGCUGGUGCCCGGACUCAUCUACCCUGUGGAGACCUUCGUGGAGUGCACCAGCGACAAGGGCAUCUCUGACAUCAUCAAGGUGUUCGUGCUGCACGAGGGGAGGAGCUCACCGCUGCUGACCGCCCACAUCAACAUGCCGGUCAGCGAGGGCCUGAUGCUCAGCUGAUGCUCACCUGAUGGUCACCUGGUGCUCACCUGAUGCUCAGCUGGUGCUCACCUGAUGCUCACCUGGUGCUCAGCUGUAGCUUCAUUUAUUGCAGACGCGAUUCAGAGAAUGAAAGAAACUGUGUUCAGUUUGGAAAAGUUUUGUUCUGAUAAAUCCAGAUGUAAAAAUUUAAGAAACCAAAAAAAGUUUAUUUAAAUUCUAAUGUGAAUGAUUCAGAUUCAGUUUCUAGUGUUUCAUAUUUCUGCCCAUAAAAUACAAAAACGUGACUCGUUCACAUGUAAAUUAGAUUUGAAUUGCUCUGUUAUAAUAAUUGUUCUAAAAAGUUUGAAUUACUAAAGUAAAAUAACUGUAAUCUCGUAAUUGGAAUUUCUUAGAUUGAACCUGCUCUGAAAUUGUAAAAAGAAAAAAUAAAUUUAGAAAGAAAAGCUAUGGGUAGGAAUAUGUGCCACUACGAUCAGAAUUAGAGUUUGAGUUGCUCAACUUGAAUAACUGCAGUGACUUUGAAUCUGAACUGUGAUAUUUGAUCAAUUUCACAAUUUUACUUUCAAUUUCCACUUUAAUGUAACUCAGUUUAAAUCAAAUAAAUUACUUUCUUUUAAAAAAAUAUUCAAGUUGAAAAUCAGAAAAAUAAAAGUUUUCAAAGUAAAAUACAGGUAUUUAAAUAUCAGCAUUAGUUCAGUUUUCAGGUCAUGUUCGAUGAUGAAUCAUCACAAAUUAAACUGUUUCUGUAAAACAGUUUUAGCGCCUCCACUGGUCAGACUGCGUCAUUAUGGAUUCAUCAGACGGAGGAGACGUUUCACAGACGUUCAGCUGCUUCCUGUUUGUAAAGCUGCAGAGUUUCUGAGACUUCAGGGAUAAAAAUUGCUGCAGAGUAAAAACUUGUAGAAACAUAAUGAAUAUCUUCUGUAUUUUUUAAAUGUAGUCUCGUAUGGACACAAAUAAAAGCUGAAUAAUAAAUGAGUUUGUUAUUUCACAUCA